CCCACCCAUUUUUGAACUGUCGGCGUAGGGAGGAGAUGUCGACGCACUCGGCCGCUUCGGGCGGCUCUGGGGCCAGGAAGAUGACGCCAUGCUCGUUCUUCGCGGCGGGCAAGUGCCGCAACGGGAAUGAUUGCAAAUUCUUCCACGCAACACGUGAGGACUUGGCACUUAGUCCGCUGCCUUGCAAGUUUUUCUUGCGUGGCACAUGCACAGCUGGACGUGAGUGCAAAUUCUCGCACACGGCGGAGGCGCAAGCGGCUGCCACGCGCGUGAGUGCUAGUACGGGCGAGAAGACAAUGAAGCCGGGAUCCUACGGCGUUCCGUGCAAGUUUUUCAAGUAUGGCGACUGCUCCAAUGGAGAUAAAUGCCCAUACUUGCACAAUAAGAAGAUGGAGGAAGGAGAACACAAGGAUACGGCAAAGGUCGUGACCGAGGGAACUUCUACGCCGGAUAAACAGCCAGAUGAGGAGGAGAAGGUGGCCAGUCCUGUGGCUGAUGCUUCGAGCGAAGAGCUGGAUGACCAGGAGAAAGAGGAAGACGUGACGGAGCUCAAGGACUUCAUCUCUAAGGAGGAAGAACUAUAUUAUUACGGAGCUCCGGGAGAGUUUGAAGAUGCGGCUGCUGAGUCUGCACCCCCGAUGCCAACGCAGUCGUACGUGGAGGUGACCAAGAAGAACGUGAAGGACAGACCGCUGUCAUUUGAUGAAGAGCGCCCGGCACCACCUAAAAUUUGCACGUUCUUCCUGCAAGGUCUGUGCAGAUAUGGAGACACGUGCUUCUACUCGCACUCACUACCUGAGCGUGUUGAAAGCGAGGAGGAAAUGCUUGCGAUGGGUGAAGAGAUCCGUCUUUCGCAAGAUCUGGAAUGUGGCAUUUGCUACGAGAUUAUUCUAAAGAAGGGCGAGCGGUUUGGCCUGCUUUCUGGAUGCAAUCACUCCUUCUGCCUCACAUGCUUGCGCAACUGGCGAAGUAGUGAGGACCAGCCGAAGCAGACUGUGCGUCAAUGUCCUGUGUGUCGAGUGGAGACGAAAUUUAUCAUCCCAUCAAGCCGAAUGGUUACCAGACCCGAGCGCAAGAAAGUCCUCAUCGACGUGUACCGGAAAAAUCUGUCUGGCAUUCCGUGCCGCCACUUCGACGAAGGAAGGUACGUCCAUCAUUGAUCCCAACUUUUUUGAUACACACGAUAAAUUAACUUCGCUUUGUGUUAAAUUACUUCCAGAGGUACAUGUCCAUUCGGCACUAGCUGCUUCUACGCUCACCGUUACCCGGACGGCACAUUGGCAUCACGCCAAGUGCGAACCGCAGUCGACUCCGAUGGCCAGUACGAUGUCCUUCGUCAAAUUCGCCUGGAGAACUUCUUGAAGCACAGUGAGAGCAACGAAUAGCUGUCUGAAGACUGCUCUCCAUUUAUAUUGAUGCAUGUUUAGAGUUUUGCAUUGGUUCCACUUGCAUGAUGCAAGAAACGAAUACAUCGAAGCAAGAGAAAAGCUUGCUAACAGUCAA